GGGACCCCCAGCCGCCUUUGGAGAGGCUAUGGACUCCCUAGUCGAGCCUCGGUGGCCUCCGGGCCUGGAAGUCAUGAAGACAGUAGAUGAUUUGCUGCGGUGUGGAAUUUGCUUUGAAUAUUUCAACAUUGCAAUGAUGAUUCCUCAGUGUUCACAUAACUACUGUUCUCUCUGUAUAAGGAAAUUUUUGUCCUAUAAAACACAGUGUCCAACUUGUUGUGUGACAGUCACAGAGCCAGACCUGAAAAAUAACCGCGUGUUAGAUGAACUGGUAAAGAGCUUGAAUUUUGCACGGAACCAUUUGUUGCAGUUUGCCUUAGAGUCACCACCCAUUUCUCCUGCUUCCUCCUCUUCAAAGAGCCUUGCUGCCAAACUACACACUCCUCUAGCCUUCAGACAGCCUUUAAAGCAAGCAAGCAGGUUAAUGGAGAGUUUCUUGGUUAGAGAAACUGGUGGUUCUUCAUCAGAGCUGUUGAUAAAUGAGAGUGAAAGCAAAUUCAGCCCCCAAAAAGAAGUGAGCACUUCUGCAAAGACCAGAGAGACACCUUCUUUAGAAAAGAUAGCCUCAGGCAUCGCGGAUGCUAAUGUUCCGGAGGUACCUUCUACAUCGACUUUGAAACAAGUUACUAAAGUGGAAUGUCCUGUUUGUGGAGUUAGUAUUUUAGAAGAUCACAUUAAUAAGCAUUUGGACAACUGUUUAUCACGUGAAGAGAAGAAAGAAAGCCUCAGAAGUUCUGUUCACAAAAGGAAGCCGCUGCCCAAAACUGUAUAUAACUUGCUGUCAGAUCGUGAUUUGAAGAAAAAGCUAAAACAGCAUGGAUUAUCUGUUCAAGGAAGUAAACAACAGCUCAUUAAAAGGCACCAAGAAUUUGUACACAUGUACAAUGCCCAGUGUGAUGCUUUGCAUCCCAAAUCAGCUGCUGAAAUAGUUCAAGAAAUUGAAAAUAUGGAGAAGACCAGGAUGCGUCUUGAAGCUAGUAAACUCAGUGAAAGAAUAAUGGUUUUUACAAAGGACCAAACAGAAAAGGAAAUAGACGAAAUUCACAGUAAAUAUCGUCAAAAGCAUCAGAAUGAAUUUCAGCUUCUGGUGGAUCAGGCCAAAAAAGGAUACAAGAAAACUGUUGAAAUGUCCAAAAAAAAAGUAACGAAAAAAGAAGCUGAAUCUACAGAAAAGCUAUUCUCUGUGUGCAUGGAACAGGAAGGUAAUCAAAUGAAAUUCCCAGAUAUGCCCUUGGUAAUAAACCACUUCCCCCAAUCAAAGCUGGGCUCCCCAGGGAUAUUAGAGCCUGAUAGACCUGAUGAUUCUUCUAGUUCUACUGAUAUUCAAGAAGACGCUCUUUCUUCAUCCGAAUCAGAUUCGUGCAAUAGUUCCAGUUCGGACAUCAUAAGAGAUCUUCUGGAAGAAGAGGAAGCCUGGGAAGCAGCACAUAAAAACGAUCUUCAAGACACAGACAUAAGUCCAAGACAGAACCGCCGCACAAGACCAGCAAGUGCUGAGCCGGAGCCGAGAAAUAAGCGGAAUAGGAAUUAGCGUGGGCUUUGGGGCCCUUUCCAGUGCAGCGAUCCGAGUGCAGUCCUUCUAGUUGCCGUAUAGAUUUCAUACUCAUAAAUGCCCAAAUAAGGGUGUUCAAUUCUAAAUAUUAUUUUAAACUGACUUUUCAUUCUUUUCUGCCUUUGGGAAAAAAGUAACAAAACAUCCUCAUUUGGUCAGUUACCUUCUGCCUCUAGGAAAUCUCUCUGAAAAUACUGACUUCGUGUGUCUACCAGCUUUGUACAGUACACAGACUUUCUCACAAAGGUUUUUUGUUUGAUUUUGUUUAAAUUUUAGAGUGUCCUUAAGCUGUCCUCCUUCUCUUCCAUGGAGAAACCAACGUCAGAAAGGGUUUUCAGCCUCUUACCACAGGAGCAGUGGAGGAGUGAAGUCCUCUCUUUUAGAAGAGCAGUA